AUGAAGGCUGUGAAGAAUGGUCACCUUCAGCGUGUUCAAGAACUACUUGACACGGGUGUCGAUGUCGAAAGCACCGAUGAAAACGGAGACAGUGGUUUGAUCGUGGCCGUCUCAGGUGGACACCUAGAGCUCAUUGACCUCUUGUGUCGAAAUGAGGCUGACGUCAAUCUAUCGAAACCUGGCGGUGAUAAACCAUUGAUGGUUGCUGUAGCCGAGGGCAGACGCGACGUGGUGGACCUACUUUGUCAGAAAUUCGCCGACGUCAACGCGACCAACGAGCAAGGAGUGUCGCCUCUGAUGUCCAUACGUUCAGACGAUCACUGGGACAUUGCCAAAUUGUUGAUAGAGACGUACAAAGCUGACGUCAAUCAGAAAAAUGCAAGAGGCGUGAGCGUCCUGAUGUCGGCGGCGGAGAAAGGAAUGAAAGACGUUGUUAGAGUUUUAGUAGAAAACGGCGCCGACGUCGACUACGCCACAAAAUCGGGAUGGAGCGCCCUCCUCAAAGCGACACAGGGUGGCCAUUUAGACACUGUGAACAUAUUGCUACGGAAGAAGGCAAAUGUGAAUCAAAACACAAAAGAUAACUGGACUGCAUUAAAUUUGGCUUGCUUCAAAUCUUAUAGUUCUAUUGCAGAAACUCUGAUCCGACACCAUGCUGAUGUCAACAAUGUUACAUCGAAAGGUUUCAGCCCACUCAUGUGCGCAUGUAACAACAGAGACCUUAGGAUCGUCAAACUUCUAAUGGAUCAUGGUGCAGAUAAAAAUAAAAUAACGACUGAUGGAAUGACGGCCUUAGAACUGGCACAUUUGGCCGAAGACGAAGAAGUGGAAUAUUUGUUAACAUUCGAUGGGGACAAUAAUGAACUGUUAAUGCAAACGAGUAGGGAUCAAGGCAAAGCGAACAUUUUUAAAAUGCUGUUGGAGUUCGGCAUUGAUGUGAAUAUCACAAGUAAAAACAAAACGAGUGUUUUGAUGACGGCGUGCAAGGCUGGAAACCUUAAAGCUGUUCAACUGCUUCUCAGUAGAGACGACGUCAUGAUUGACGCCGUCAACAGUCACGGCUGGAACGCCUUAAUGAUGGCAUCGCAUGGUGGGUAUUUAGAAAUAGUGUCGGAGCUUCUGAAGAAGGGGGCAGAAGUUAAUAAGUCGAAUGAGUCAAACGAUAGCGCCUUGCUUAUGGCAACGUACAAAGGACACGCAGAAAUUGUGGAGCUCCUCUUGCAGUUCGAGGCUGAUGUAAACCACGCGAACCAGCACGGGUGGACUGCUGCGAUGUUAGCCUCACAAAAUAAUCAUGUACGCAUGCUUCAAUUUCUGCUUCAGCAGGGAGCAGCUGUGGACAUGGUAAACAACGAAGGUUACAGCCCAUUAAUGAUAGCAUCUGAGUAUGGUCUUAUUAACAUUGCAGAAUGUCUGUGUGGCAUAAAUGGAGGUGAACAUAUAAGCGUCGAUUCGUCUGUUUUUAAUUCCAAGAACGUUCACGUGACUCCCAAUUCUAAGAAUUAUAUAAAUAUUUCAAAUGACAACGGUGAGAGUGCAUUAAUGUUAGCAUGCAGACAGGGGCAUGAGGAAAUCGUUGAAUUGCUUUUAAACAGAGGAGCGAAGCUUAACCAUAGGGGCAAUGAUGGUCUGGACCCGCUCUUGACGGCCGCAACGUCUGGUCACCUUGCGGUUGCGAAGAUUCUGCUUCAGCAUCAGGCAGACGUCAACAGCGAGGACGACAGCGAGGACGACAGCGGUGACACCGCACUGACCAUCGCCACGAAACGGAACGAUUUGAAUCUGGCCCGGUUGUUGUUGGAACACAACGCCAAUAUGAACCACCAAAACAAAAUCAGUUUGACCCCUCUAGUCCUCGCGUGGGAACGUGAUCACGAAGAGCUAUUGGGUGUGCUGAAACUGUAUAAGACGAAGCAAAGAAAAGAGAACAAUCCCUCUGUUGAUGAUUUUACAGAUCCUGGAAACGGUGGAAGCUUUCAUUCUCGAAGCACCGACGACGUUAAUUCGGAUUUAGAAAAGAAACAAUUAAAAACAGUUGAGAACAUCAGUCAUAAAUCAGAAUUACCAGGUUCAUAUUCUAAGUUAACCGAUGAAGUGACUAACACAAUUGAGCAACGACUUUGUCCAGAUGCCGAGCCUAUUUUUAGGAAUUCAAAAGCUAGAAAAUCACCACGCAGUUUAAGUAUUGUAAGUGGGAGCCCUCAAUUCGCGGAGCCCGUCUCCAGCACUCUACACUACAAGGACAACCAAUCGGGUGAUGUGAAUCUUUUCAAGCUCAUGGGUGGACAUGAACUCCUGGAAGCCAACGUACACUCACCGGGCUUGGGAGACACACUCGGGGCAUUGUCCGCUACCGGGACCGGGUUUACAAACGCUAGACAUCAAAUAAACUUUACACACAGAUCUGGUCAUUUAGCUCUGGAGAGGAAUCAACAAUUCAAAGCAAAAUCACAUAGUGACGCUGAAACACAGAAUAGCUCCAAUCACAGCGUUGGAGAUAAAAACGUGGAAAAUAUGCAAGACGAUAACCUAGGCAUUUUUACGGAAAUGGGUGUCAAAGAUACCUUUUCUAUAGAGCAGGAAGUUAAUGAUAAUAUUUCUACUAAGCAAAAUCAGACAGACAAUCUCUUUGUAAAGCAGGAGGUCAAACAUUUUGUUUCCAUAAAAAGUUGUGAAAAAGAUGCUUUUUCUAUAAAGCUUGAUGGCAAAGACAUUGUUUCUACAAAGCAGGACGUCAGUGAUACCGCUUCUUCAAAUAUGAAUACCAAUGAAACUGUUUUUUUAAAUCGGGAUACCAAUGAAACUGUUUCUUUAAAUCGGAAUACCAAUGAAACUGUUUCUUUAAAUCGG